AUGGAUGUUGUGUCUAUGGUAAAGCAGGGGGGCGUGACACCUGGAACCGUGGACAUUGUCAAGCCUAACUUCACAGGAAAUCAUUGGGACUCCUACUUUCUACGAGUACCAACCCUUGAUCUGAACCCCGUGCACCAUAGUUUUGACCGAAAUGCAAACAGCCUCGUGGGCGCUUUGAGGUCAUUGUCCGUCCAUGAAGCCCAUCAACUGACAGGGGGAGAUCCGCCAUCUAAUGACGACCUUGGGCCCGAUUAUGGUAGUCUUCUCGAGAUAGCGCAACAAGAGAUGAUUCGCAUAGCCACUGUCUCUUUGAGGUUAUUCAAUAAAGCUAUAGUUGAUGCAGAGAGCGCUGUCGCCGCACACAAUCGAAAGCGUAGGAAUAUUCGUGCGGAGCGGAACCAGAAAACACUGCGUGACUUCAAGAUAGACAUCUUAGAAUUACCUGUGAAUGAAGAACACACCCUGGCCAAAGUCAUUGAUACUUACUAUGCGAACCGCGAUACACCCGAGCUAGUGCCCUAUCAAGAUCCUCUUUAUGACUGUUCCAUGGAUGUCGAUGACGUUAGCGAUAACAAUGACGAUGUCGAUAACGCUGGUAAUGCCGAUAAUGAUGCCGAUGAUGAUCUGGAUGGGCUUUACAGUUAA